CGUGAGCAUGCUCAAGCACAAGCUCAAGGAUCGGGACGUCGACGCCGUGGCCGCGAUCUUGACGCGGCUCCAGGCCAAGGAGGCGACCGUGCGCGAGACAGCGGCCCUUGACCUGCGCGCGGCCGUGGCCACGCUCUCUCGCGAGCUCACGUCCGAGACGUUUGCGCGGUUCCUCUCCGAGCUAACGCCCCGUCUCCAGAGCCUCCUCCAGAGCCCUGCGCUUGGCGACCAGCUCGGUGGUAUUGCGGCCGUCGAAGCGCUCAUUCCCGUCGCGACCGAGGCGCAGAUCAUCCGGUUCGCCAACUACCUCCGGUCGUUCUUUGUCACGUGCGAGUCCAAGGACGGGCUCCGCGCCGCAAGCCUCGCACUCGGGAAGCUGGCGUCGACGACCGAGAUGGGCAUCAGCGGCACGCUCGUCGCGGCCUUUGUCGAUUUCGAGGUCAAGCGCGCGUUCGAGUGGCUCACGAACCCGUGCUUUAACAGCAGCCAGAGCCACCGCCGGCUCGCAGCCUGCUUUGUCCUCAAGGCGCUCGCGGUCGCGGUGCCCACGCUCUUCCACGUCAACCUCUCGACCUUCUUUGUCGCGAUCUGGCCCGCGAUCCGCGAUGCCCGUGUCGACGUCCGCGACGCGGCCACGGAUGCGCUCGCUGCGUGCCUCCAGCUCAUCUCGAUGCGUCAGACGCGUCAUCGCGUCCAGUGGUACUGCAAAAUCUACGACCAAGUCCAGGAAGGCCUCAACACGCCCGCAUGGGAUGCGAUUCACGGAUCGCUGCUCGUGGUCAUGCAGCUGCUUCAAAACACGGGCAGCUUCAUGGUGCCCCGGUUCCGCGAGGUGUGCGACAUUGUCUUGUGCUACAAAGACUCGCGCGACAAACUCGUCGCGCGGUCUGUGUGCCUCCUCUUGCCGCAGCUCGCCGCGUACUGCCCCGAUGCGUUCGUGCGGCACUAUCUAAGCACGUGCGUGACGCACCUCAUGAAGCGCAUGACCACGUACGUCUCGGCGGCCGAGCGCGGCGUCGCCUUCCUCGCUCUUGGCCAUCUCGCGCUGUCGGUCGGCGACCACUUGGUGCCGCAGCUUCCGAGCAUUGUCGAGCUCCUCCAGGACGGCAUGAAGCGCAACCGGUACUUCUGCAUCGAGACGCUCAUGUGCGUGGCCCACUUUACGCGGGCGUGCGGCACUGCGUUCGAGCCGUACCUGCCGUCGCUCGUCGAGCAAAUGAUGGACGGCGGGCUCAACGACCCGCUCGUCGAAGCGCUCGCCGAUAUCACCAAGACAGUGCCCCUCCUCUUGACCGGCGUCCAAGAGCGGCUCCUCAACGAAAUCUCGCUCGUGUUGCGCGGUAUCGCUGCCGUAUCUCGAAGCACGUUGGACGAGGUCUCUGUAGGGGUGGCCUUUGCGCCGUCGCUCGACGAGAAGCCUCUCAAAGCGCGCAAAUCCGGACGACGUGACGAGGUCGCGUCAUCGUAUCCGGCGUCGUCCGCCGCUCUCUCGCUCUCGCUCAAGACGCUGAGCUGGUUCAACUUUGAAGGCCCAUUUUCGAUUCUGCCGUUCGUGCGCGACAGCGUCUGCUUGUACCUGACGCACCACGACAUGACGGUCCGGAAGCAAGCUGUCGUGGCGUGUGCCAAGCUGCUCUUGCCGACGGCUGUGCCCAAACGCGGCCCGAGUGGCCGCGUGAUUGAUGAGAUCUUGCAGCAGCUGCUCCAAGUGGGCAUCUCGGACGUCGACUCGAACGUCCGGAAGAGCGUAGUCGAGUCGCUCGACGCGCGCUUUGACGAGUGGCUGAGCCAAGAAACGCACUUGACGCUGCUCUUCUUCCUUCUCAACGACGAGACCCCAAGCAUCCGAGAAGGCACCAUGUGUCUGCUGGAGCGCGUUGCGCCGCUCAACCCAGCGUUCAUCCUGCCGUUGCUGCGCCGCGUGUUGGUCCAACUGCUCACGGAGCUCGAGCAUGCGGUGGAUCUGCGUAUGUUGGAAGACAGCACGCGCCUCCUCGGGCGCCUCAUCCGCGGCUCGCAGCAUCUCAUCGAGCCGUACCUUGGCCGUGUCCUCCAGGUGCUUUUGCCCAAGAUCCAGCAUGGCAAUGCGAUGCAGCAGAACCUGGCGAGCGCGGUCUUGACCACGAUUGGCGAGCUCGCACUCGCCGUGCACGAGCCCAUGGCGGCGUACGAGCCGGCUCUCUUGCCGCUCAUUCUCGACGCGCUUCAAGACCACGGGUCGAUCCAGAAGCGCCAAGUCGCCCUCGUGACACUCGGCCAGCUGACGGGCAGCACGGGCUCGGUCGUGCAGCCGUACAUUAGCUACCCCAAGAUCCUCGAGGUGCUCUUGGACUUGCUGCAGCACACGGCAGCGACGCCGUGGCAACUGCGCCGCGAAGCCAUGAAGACGAUUGGCAUUCUGGGCGCGCUGGAUCCGUACAAGUACAAGCUGUGCAUCUCGAGUGCGUCGCUGCACGAAGGCAAUGUGGAAGAAGGCGGCGUCGGCCUCGGGUCGCUCUCGAUGACGCGCAAGUUCAAGCCCACGUACACGACGACCGACGAUGUCGCGGACAUGGGCCCGAGCAUGGACGAGAAGCAGCAGAUCGAGCUCCAGCUGUUCACUGCGGCGCCCGUGGGCACGCGCCGUCCGGAGAAGGCCAAAAAGGUGCUGGGCAAGCGCAGCCUCGUGGCCAAGACGCUCGAAGCCGCGACUGUGCUCCCGCUCGAUGGAUACUUGGACCAAGAGCUCCUCGAUACGCUCGACGUCGACUUGGAGCUGGAGCUCGAUCCGCGCGCCGUUGCCGUGUCGUCGGAAGCGUACUUUCCGACGGUCGCGAUCCACGCUCUGCUCAACAUUCUCAAGGAGCCGUCGCUCAGCAUGCACCACUAUGGCGUGAUCCAGGCCAUCAUGUUCAUCUUCAAGUCGCUGAGCCUCCAGUGCGUGCCGUUCUUGCCGUACAUUGUGCCACCGUUUCUGCAUGUGCUCGCCCGCGGCGAACCCCGGCUGCGCGACUCGCUGUUUCUGCAGCUCACGGUGCUCACCUCGAUCGUGCAAGCGCACCUCGGGUCGUUCUUCCCGGCCAUCAUUGUGCUCGCGCUCCGCCAUUGGCGCGCCCACCUGCCGCAGAUCGUCCGCCUCGUCGAGAAAAUCGCGGUCGCGGUGCCCAGUGAUUUUCGCACCGUGUAUUUUCCUCAGCUGUUGCCCAAGAUCCUCGAAGUGCUCCAGCCCCACCCGCACUCGGACCUGCUCUUCUUUAGCGAAGCGGCCGAUGGCGGUGGCACGGCGGCCACCGGCGCGCCGUCGUCGACGUCCGAUGGCACCAGCACGGGCGUGACGUCGGUGCCGAGUACGCUGCCGUCGGGCUCGGACGUCGACAGCCUCACGCUCGACAAGAAGGACGGCACCAAACACCUCUCGUGCGCGCACUUCGGUUGUGAGAUGGUUGUUGAGAUUCACAUUCCCAUUAGAGUGCUCGCGUCGAUUCAGAUGCAAAUGGUCCACUUGCUCGUUGUGUGCGGCGCGUCGGUCGACGAAGCCGUGUACCUGCUCUUGCCGGCGCUCACGCGGCUCUUAGAACACAGCGACACGGCGCUCGAGGUCAAGACGAGCAUUGUGACGCUGCUCGCGCAGCUCACGCAGCUCGGGGACUAUGAGCACUAUGCGGGUCCGCGCCUCUUGCUGCCGUUGCAGCGCGCGAUACGUAAAUUUGGCGACGCGGUGCUCUACUGCCUCUGCGCGGUCGCCUUCCAGCUCCAGGACGGCCUUGUGCAGUACACGCCGCUCGUCAAGGCGAUCGGCCGCGUCCUCGAGACGCAGCUUGAGCUCAACAUCGCGCACCUCGAGUCGCUCGUCGCCAAGCUCGUCGCCAACGACCGGAUCGUGCGCGACGACCUCGCGCACGCGUCGCUUUUGACGCCCGAGCUGCAAGCGUGGCUGGACGUGAGCCGCGACAGCCGCGCGCCCGUCGUCGUGCCGGCCGCCACGUCGUCGUCGUCGGUGCCGCGUCUGCAUGUCAACCAGCAAAACCUCCGGCGGGCUUGGGAGGCGUCGCAGCGGUCGACCAAAGAUGAUUGGCUCGAGUGGAUGCGCCGGUUCUCGAUCGAACUGCUGCGCGAGUCGCCGUCGGCGGCCUUGCGGUCGUGCUGCUCGCUUGCCCAAGCGUACAACCCGCUCGCCCGCGCGCUGUUCAACUCUGCGUUUGUCUCGUGCUGGAACGACCUGCACGAGCAGUACCAAGACUACCUCGUGCGCGCCCUCGAGACGGCCUUUCAGAGUGACACGAUCUCGGCCGAGAUUCUCCAAACGCUGCUCAACCUCGCCGAGUUUAUGGAGCACGACGUCGAGGCGCUGCCGAUCGAUAUUCGCGAACUUGGCGAGCUCGCGCAAAAGUGCCAUGCGUACGCCAAGGCCCUGCACUACAAGGAACUCGAGUUUCACACGUCGCCAAGCACGUGCAUUGAAGCGCUCAUCUCGAUCAACAACCAAGUCGGCCAGCCCGAGGCCGCAGUGGGCAUCCUCAAGUAUGCGCAGCUGCACCACCGCAGCGUCAUCCAAGUCAAAGAGUCGUGGUACGAGAAGCUCCAGAACUGGCAAGGCGCACUCGAUCUGUACGAUGCCAAGCUCGCCGAGCCGACGACCUCGGGGGCACUCGACCUUGAAGCGGCAACGGGCAAGAUGCGGUGCCUCGAAGCCUUGGGCGAGUGGGAGGAACUCGCGGCCUUGGCCAAGCAUGUCUGGGCGUCGCUUCGCCCGUCGACCGACGCGCCGACGGCGCGCGCUUGCUGGUGGCUCUCGGAGUGGGACACGAUGGAGCAGUACGUGCAAGGUGUGCAGACCAACCCGACGUUGCUCGCGCCGACCUUGCCGGGGACGGACCCUGAACUGGGCGCGGUCGCGUCGCUCUACAAGUCGGUGCUGGCCGUGCACCACAACCAGUUUGAGGACGCACAGAGCUGGAUCGAUGCGACUCGCAAGUCGCUCGAUACGACGCUCGGCGCGCUCGUUGGCGAGUCGUACAUUCGAGCGUACCGGACCGUGGUGACGCUGCAGCAACUCUCGGAGCUGGAAGAGAUCAUCGCGUACAAAAAGCUGCGGCUUCAAGUCGGCAAGGCGGACGAGGCCGCCAAGUACAAGCGGCGCAUGGUGAAAAUGUGGCAAACGCGCCUCACCGGGUGCAAGCGGGUCGUCGACGUGUGGCAGCAACUCUUGGCCGUGCGGUCGCUGGUGCUGGCGCCCCACGAAGACAUUGAGACGUGGCUUCAGUUUGCGAGUCUCUGCCGGCAGUCGGGCAACCUCGCGCUCUCGCUCAAAGUGUUCACGCACGCGCUGGCCAUGGGCUUUUCGAAUCUCGGGUACUCGGAGAAGGACCACCACCGCGUCGCCUUUGCCUACCUCAAGCAUCUUUGGGCCGUCGGCGACAAGCAAAAGGCGCUCAGUGAGCUCGGGACGCUCGUGCAGACGCUCUCGCGUCGAUCGCCCCUCACAGGUAUCGGGGCGGUCGCGACCAACCAAGACGAGGAGAUUGUCAAGUGCCACCUCAAGUGGGCCGAGUGGCAGCUGGCGAUCCACGAGCAGCAACUGGACCGCGUGCCGAUCGCGGCCGUGCUCGGCGCGCUCAAGACGAGCACGGAGCUCGAGCCCUCAAGCUACAAAGCGUGGCAUGCGUGGGCGCUCAUGAACUUUCACGUGGCCGAGUACCACUCGCAGCUCCCGCCGGGCUCCAACCAAGUGGGCGGCAAGAAGGAGGACCUCGGACCGUACAUUGCGUCGGCGAUCGAAGGGUUCUUCCGGUCGAUCGCGCUCGGCCGGUCGCGCUGGGCGGCCAACGUCCAGCAAGACAUUCUGCGUGUGCUGACGCUUUGGUUUGCGUACGGCCACCGCUCGGACGUGCACGGCGCGCUUGUCUCUGGCUUCCAGAGCGUGAGCAUUGAGACGUGGUUAAUUGUGAUCCCGCAGCUCAUUGCGCGGAUCCAUUCGCCACACCCGCGUAUCCAGAGCCAGCUGCAUCGGCUCUUGUCGGCGAUUGGGACCCAGCACCCGCACGCGCUCAUUUACCCGCUCAGCGUCGCGCUCAAGUCGCCGCUCGAGGUCCGGCAACGCGCGGCCGAAGCCAUUAUGAACUCGAUGCGCAAAAACUACGUCGACUUGGUCAACGAAGCGCUCCUCGUAUCGCGCGAGCUCAUCCGCGUCGCGAUUCUGUGGCACGAGCUCUGGCACGAGGGCUUGGAAGAAGCGUCGCGCUUGUACUUUGGCGAGCACGAUGUCGAAGGGAUGAUGGCGGUGCUCGAGCCGUUGCAUGCGAUGAUGGAGAAGGGCCCCGAGACGCUGCGCGAAGUGAGCUUUCACCAAGCCUUUGGGCGCGACCUCAAGGAAGCGUACGACUGGAUCCAGCGCUAUUUGAGUCCCCACGGCGCCAAGAACGAGUCGGAUCUGAACCAGGCGUGGGACCGCUACUACCACGUCUUUCGUCGCAUCAACAAGCAGCUGCCGCAGCUCACGACGCUCGAACUGCAGUACGUGAGCCCGAAUUUGCUCCACGCGCACGAGCUCCAGCUGGCCGUGCCCGGCACGUACCGCGCGGGCCAUGCGAUCGUCAAGAUUCGGUCGUUUGUACCGACGAUGCUCGUGCUCACGUCCAAGCAGCGUCCGCGGCGCAUCACGAUCGUGGGGACGAAUGGCCUCGAGUACAUGUUUUUGCUCAAGGGCCACGAAGAUUUGCGCCAGGACGAGCGCGUCACGCAGCUGUUUGGCCUUGUGAACGCGCUCUUGAUCAACGACCGGACGACGUCCAAGAAGGACCUCAAGAUCACGCGGUAUCCCGUGAUUCCGCUGAGCCACAACGCCGGCAUUGUCGGCUGGGUGCCCAACUGCGACACGCUGCACCAGCUCAUUCGCGACUACCGCGAGGCGCGCAAGAUCCUCCUCAACAUUGAGCACCGGCUCAUGUUGCAGAUGGCACCCGACUAUGACGUGCUCUGCUUGCUGCAAAAGGUUGAAGUCUUUCAGUAUGCACUGGAAAACACUGCCGGCCAAGACCUCUACAAGGUGCUCUGGCUCAAGUCGGAAAACUCGGAGGUGUGGCUCGACCGCCGCACCAACUACACGCGGUCGCUCGCCGCCAUGUCGAUGGUGGGCUAUAUUCUCGGCCUUGGCGACCGGCACCCGUCCAACUUGAUGCUGCACCGCUUCACGGGCACGAUCGUGCACAUUGACUUUGGCGACUGCUUUGAGGUCGCCAUGCAGCGCGAAAAGUACCCCGAGAAGAUCCCGUUCCGGCUCACACGCAUGCUCACCAACGCCAUGGAGGUGAGCGGCAUCGAAGGCAAUUUUCGCUUCUCGUGCGAGUCGGUCAUGCAAGUGCUCCGCGACAACCGCCACUCGCUCAUGGCGAUGCUCGAGGCCUUUGUCCACGACCCGCUCAUUUGCUGGCGCCUUCUCGCCCCCAACGUGUCGCCGGCCACGAAAGAGAAGCUCGCCGAGUUUGAACCGCCCAAGUCGGUCAAGAAGCCCGCGCCCGUGGUCGCGCCGCCUGUCCUGCCGCCGGUGCCCACGCCCGAGCCCGUCGUCCUCGCGCCGCCACCCGUCGUCCUCGCGCCUGUGCCCGAAGCCACCAUUCCCGCGGUCGUGGAGCCACCGCCGGCACCGAUGACGACGACCAACUCGAUGGCGACACCAGCAAUGACGGCCGUGGACGCCGACGUCCCGCCCCGUCCGCCGCAGCACCCGGCCGUGGUCUCGCAAAGCUUGAGCAAGUCGAUUGCAUUCAAGCGGAACGUCAUGCCCAACGUUGAGUCGCAUCAGCUGCACCAGCCGGAGCGCCGACCGUCGUUUUCGGGUCGGCCGCCGAUGCACGAGAGCGGGAACAACCCGAACUUGCAUCUGGAGAUCUCGAGCUUGGCCGCGAGCGUCGGCUUUAGCUUGAGUCGCAGCUUGCGCGUGAAUGAGCACGUGCCCCUUGACGACCAAGCGACGGCGAAAGCUGCGCCGGUCUCGGCGUCGCAAGCGGACCAUGAGCUGCGCAACCGCAGCCACCGGGAGAAGGAGCUCGUGCACGCACUGGGCCCGGAAGGCGCCGGCGCGCCCCGCGAGGCGCUCAACGAGAAGGCGGUCGCCGUCAUUCGACGCGUGCAGGCCAAGCUCACGGGCCGCGACUUUGACGACUGCCGCGAACCGCUCAGCGUCUCGGAUCAAGUGCAGCGUCUGAUCACGCAGGCCGCGUCGCACGAGAACCUCUGCCAGUGCUACAUUGGCUGGUGCCCCUUUUGGUAGUUGCCGGAACAAUGUACAUAUUGUCUAUGACACGUUGGCGAUCUCGCG